AACAAUUUGAUGAUAUUUGAUAAGCAUAACUGCACAAAUAUAAGGAAAGAAAAUUAAGUAAAUUAAUAAUCAUUUGUAUUUUGCAACACGAAAACGAAAUACGUCUAACAAUUAUUCAUUAACUUUAUUCGUUAUCGAACACAGCUUCAUCCUAGGCAUUAUAAAAUGGCGUUUCUAAGUCCGUUCUUCCGGAAUCCGAUAACCGAUCUUACCGGUCCACUAAUGUCCGCGCAGACAGGCGUACGCUGUGCAGAUUUUGAAAUGAAAUUGAUGAACUGUUACGAGGCGUACGGCUAUCCAAAAGGCAUAGAAAUAUGUCAAGCGUAUUACGAUGAUUUCAAAGAAUGUUGCACUAGAGAUAAACAGAUGUCUCGAAUCCAAGCAAUUCAAAACGAACGAGAUCGUCAAGCCAAACCAGAGUAUGAAAAACCUCCUGCAAUGCACGCAUUUUAGAUAUGCACUUAUGUAACGUGUUUGAUAUACAUACAUAUUUUAAAUGAAUAAAUAAAACUGUUUUAAUAAUUAUAAUAGGUUAUCUUUAAUCUUAGCUUGUAAAGAUAAACAUGUUUAGGUCCUUAUUGUAUAAAAAAAAAAUAUAUAAUAAAUAACUAAAUUAAU